AUGAAGAAACAUAUUGCGCCCGCCGCUUGUGCUGACGGCCCUUUCUCUUCCUCCUCCCACCAUCUCGCUCUCCUCUAUGUAUUUGGAGGGGUGAUGGAUACUAUUCUGGGCUCGAUGGGCGCGGCGGAGGUGCAGCGGCAGAUACACAUCUACUACUACAUCAACGCCGCCGCCUUCACGCUCCUCUUCUACGACUACCUUAUCACGCUGGAAUGGGAGGUCGCGCGCUACUGGGGCGCGGGCCGGACCUCGCCGACGCUGCUCUUCUUCGCCAACCGGUACGGCACGCUCCUCGGAAACAUCCCCGUUGUGCUGCUCAACGUGUGGGUCGCCCCGCCCACGGACGCGAAGACGAGAAUAAUUGUCGGCAUUAUGCUGAUUCUCAGGACCUACGCACUCUACGAGCGGAGCCGGUAUGUGUUGGGGUUCAUGGUUGCUGCAAGUGCGGGUAUCAUUGCGGUCGGCGUGUGGGGCACUCUGCACUCCAGCGCGCUCCCAGAGUCUGAUAAAGGCACCGCCAUCCCGCUCCCGCUCGGCUGCACGUACGGAAUCAAGAAGCGCGAGAGCACGGGCCUGAUGAUCGCGUGGUCCGCAAUGGGGCUCUUCGACGUCAUGAUAUUCGUGCUCACCCUGGCGCGCACGCUCACGGGCGGGCGCCGCAGGAUACCGCUCCGGGGGAUGCACCUGAUCAGCGUGCUCAUGCGCGACGGAUGCUUGUACUUUGGUGUCAUGGUUCUGUGUAAUGUCGGGAACAUCUUGACGUUCGCUCUGGGUCAGGACCUCACCCGCGGAAUCCUCAACACACUGACCAACAUCGUCUCCUCGAUAAUGAUCUCCCGCCUGAUGCUCAACCUGCGCGACCCCGCCGUGCACCUCGCGCCCGCCUCCUCCCGCACGCGCAUCGGCAAGCGCACCCACGGCCCGGGGUACCCGCCCGGCCCGGGCGUCAGCGCCGAAUGGGGCGCGGGCGUGUUCUCGACCUACGUCGACCCCGACGACGACGCGCCGCGCGAGUACGAGUUCACGUGGGCCCCCGCGUCAGCGUCGGACCCGUCGGCGCAGACGUCGUUAGACGAGCGCUGGGCGUGA